GUAAAUAUUCAACAGUUGUCCGUUACUUUUAUAAUCUGUAUUCUGAACGUACGAUUGUGCGAGUACACUCAUCAAAUCUAGUUUAGCGGUUUUUCUGUGAUCUUGUAUUAUUAUUAAUUUAAAGAUGUCUAUUCUACCGUAUUUAUUGGAUGAAUUAUCUCGGCCAACCAUGUACGAUCAAAACUUUGGUCUCGGUUUACUAGAUGAUGAUUUACUCCUAGGACCACGUUAUCACGGUCGUAGCCAUUUUCCAGUUUUGUUGAAGUCUUAUCUAAGACCACAUCGCUUAAGUUCUGCUGCACAGAGUGGUUUAUCUUGCAUCCAAAAUGACAAAAACAAUUUCAAGGUGAAUUUGGAUGUCCAGCAGUUCAAGCCAGAAGAAGUGUCUGUUAAAGUUGUUGAUGGCUAUGUAGUGGUAGAAGGAAAACACGAGGAACGCAGUGAUGAACAUGGUUACAUUUCACGUCAGUUUACUAGGCGUUACAAGGUACCAGAUAAUGUUGAUUCAAAUUCUAUUACGGUUCAAGUAAAUUAA